GCCUCCUGCAGAUCCACCCCCGGGCCCUUCGCACUCGUGGUCCACAUCCUGUCUUGAAACAACAACAACUUCUCAACAAGACGAUCAAUUCACGUCCUUCAGUAUCCGUCCUUGUUGUCGCAAGCUCGCUUUCACCAAACGAAUAUCGAGAAUACGCGGGGCUAUACAUCUCGCACAGCCUCGACCCCUCACAGCACGCGCCGGUUCGCCGCACGCUUACUCACGCCAGAGUAAAACACAUUCGAGUCAUCUCCUCAGCACCAUGGCAAUGGACCGCCAAGAAAUCAUUGCGACGAACAAGUCGCUCCGACUCAUCAAGAAUGAGCUGGAACACCUUCUCGAAAAGGGCAUCGUCACCGAUGCCGUCUUCGACUCAAUCUCGCAGAUGCUGCCUGCUGAGCUGUCACUCUCCGGGUCGACCAACCCGCCAACUCCGGUGCAGUCCCCUCCCAUAAACGCCAUGGCCAACCUCGGCCUCGGCGCCGCCAACAGAACGAGCACGGCCAGCUCUCACCACUCUCACAACUCGAUGCCCCCUCAGAACCCGGCGCCGCCCGCAUACUCGACAGCCCCGUCAAGUAACGCCGGCGCUGCCGGUCCGCCACAGCUCCCAUCGCGGGCAGGCCCGCCGGCAGCAACACCCCCGACCAAGCCCGUGAUUGCCCACGCCAAGGCCCUUUACAAGUACCAAGCCGCGGACAGCCGGGACUUGUCGUUUGAGCGCGACGACACGAUUGCCGUGCACGAGUACAUGAACGAUGACUGGUGGAUGGGCCGCAAUCAGCGCACCGGUGCCGAGGGCAUCUUCCCCAAGACCUACGUCCAGAUCGACCACAACGUAAGCCCGCAAGGAUACCCGAAUGAGAAGGCCGGAUACUAUGCUCCGCAGCAGAACGCCGCUGCCGGUGGCUACCCGCCGCCCCCGGGCCAGGGCCAGGGUAACCCGUACAACUCGUCGGUGCCGCCAAUGGGCGUUGCCAACAGCGGUGGUGGCCAUGGUGGGGACAACGGCGAGCCCAGCAAGUUUGAGCAAAACGGCAAGAAGUUUGGCAAGAAGCUCGGUAACGCAGCCAUCUUCGGCGCUGGCGCAACCCUUGGUGGCAAGAUUGUCAACGGCAUCUUUUGAGUUGUGGGAGGCAAAAUCCGGGGUUGGGCAUUUCUGGAGGCAGCAUGUUUUUUCUUGCAUUGGCUUGGUCCUUUGAGACUAUUUAGAGUCUGAAAUUUGUAUUAAUCAGAAUCGAGUACAUAUGAUAUUCCACGUCUCCUUCUCAAGUGUCCGUUGAAGAGCUACAUGUACGGGGCCCUAGAAUUAACCACGACUCUCGGUUGUGCGUGCUUGGGCACGUUUAUUGUGCUGUGUGAAUGAGACGGGCACACCCUCGAAAGGUUCCAAGGUUGUCUUAUUCUGCUGGCAGAACUGUCCUACAAGAAAUUGAAUCACCC